GACCCUGGUCUCCGAGCCCGGGUUGCCGGCUCAGGAUCCACCACCAAGCCACCUCUGCAGAAUGGCCUCGGAGUCGUACGCCCAGCCGGGAAGAGCUCUGGGGACUCAUGGGGCAGGGAGCGGGAUUGAGAGGCGGAUAAGUGGGAGUAACAGUAGAGACAGCAGGAUCUGCCCCACGCAGUCCGCUUUUUCGGCUUUCUUUUCCCACUUCUUCCUGCUUCAGUCAUUACCGGCUGUCUGAUUUCCCCUGACCCCAAGUUCUGCCUUAACCAGUGUUUGGUUCCCUUGAGUCUGGAGCGUGAUGGUGGAAGCUCCAGAGUCUUGGAUAUGGACCUUCUUCAGUUCCUGGCCUUCCUCUCUGUCCUGCUACUGUCUGGGACAGGAGUCACAGACACCCUGAGGACCUCCCUGGACCCGAGCCUGGAGAUCUACAAGAAGAUGUUUGAGGUGAAGCGGCGGGAGCAGCUGUUGGCGCUGAAAAACCUAGCACAGCUGAAUGAUGUCCACCAGCAGUACAAGAUCCUUGAUGUCAUGCUCAAGGGGCUCUUUAAGGUGCUGGAGGACUCCCGGACAGUGCUCAUUGCUGCAGAUGUGCUCCCAGAUGGGCCCUUCCCCCAGGACGAGAAACUGAAGGAUGCUUUCUCCCAAGUGGUGGAGAACACGGCCUUCUUUGGUGACGUGGUGCUGCGCUUCCCAAGGAUCGUGCACCACUGCUUUGACCACAACUCCAACUGGAACCUCCUCAUCCGCUGGGGCAUCAGCUUCUGCAACCAGUCGGGCGUCUUUGACCAGGGCCCCCACUCGCCCAUCCUCCGCCUGUUCAGCACCAGCACUGACCCUUUCCAGAAGGCCCUGAGAGGAGAGGAGAAACGCCGGAAGAAAGAGGAGAAGCGGAAAGAGAUCCGAAAAGGCCCUCGGAUCUCAAGAUCCCAGUCCGAGUUAUAGCCCUGGAGCAGCCCAGGGCUCAAGGGACCAGGAGGAGGCCAGUCGGGAGGAAGAGGAGAAUGCAGCGGUAUGACUGGUGGUGAGAGCUGGCCCCUGUGAGAGGGGAGGCCGAGUUUGCUCAGCCCCCUGGAGCCGGCUCUGAGCCCCAGCUGAAGGGACUGGGCCGCAGAGGGCUGCAUUUCUCCCCAGGGACCUUCCUAGAGGGGUGCCAAGGGAGCCUUCAGAGGGCGCUGCAGACCUAACCCUGUAGAGACGCUGGGGGGAGCAGGAGGGAUCCUGGGCUGGACUCUCCCGCUGGGUUAGGACCGCUGGCCGGCUGGCUGCUGCCCUUCCUGGCGAGGCAGCAGAGCUAGGCUCUGAGCCAUGUGUGGAGGUGUCAUGCCUGCUGCUGGCCCCACUGUGUCACCGAGUUGCCUGGCACAGUUGUCCCCUGCAGAGACAAUAAAAGCCAGCAAAUGCUCUGGGCUAGCAGGUUGGUUUGGGCCCCAGGGAGCCUCUCCAUGGGGCAGGUGAGAGGGGCCUGGGUCAGGGGAUAGGGGGCCCUCAGAUGUAGAGACCACCUUAGAGGAUAUUCCUCCUCCUCAGAGGAGCCUCAAGCCCUGGCGGGGCAGCAAAGCAGGGGCUUGGCUUUGACCUCCAGUUCCCUUCUCAGCACUGUCAUGGACAAGGGAUCAGUGUUGAGAAGGGACCAGAAGUAUCCUGGGAGGGUGUUUAGCCCAAGACAGCCUUGGAGCAGCGUGAUCUCUGUCCUCAGGUAUCCAGGGAAGUCAUUGAGCAGGCUCGGGGAAGAAUCAACUUGUCCUCUCUGGCAGCGCAGGGAGACCAUAGCCAGCAGGUGGGGGCUCUUGGGGGACAGGCUGCAGCUCUGCAGGAGGCUGUGCUUUGUAAUGGUAGGGCUACUCCAAGCUGGAUUGAUCAGAUAGCAAGCUCCCUGUGUCAGGAGGUGUGUAAGAAAAGACCAGGGCUAUGGAGCAGGGAAGCUGCAGAGGGAGUUAGGCCCUGAGUGGGCUGCCGCCCUUGUCAUAUCCCUUCCAGGCAGAGAAGGGAGGGGCUCUGGGGGGAAUUCUAGCUCUGUCUCUUUGACUUUGCCAAGCCAGGGGAGAGACACACAACUAUCCCCAACCCUUUACCACUAACAGUGCCCAAGGGAGACCCAGGGUCUUAGCCCAUCAGACUUGCGGAGUGACCCUGGCCCACCCCUUACCUGUGCUGUGGCUUCAUUGGUGUAAUGAAUUUGAUAAUGUCUGAACCGUCUGGCCAGCCCUAAACUGCUUCUCUGAGGUUGGGGCCUGGCUUCUCAGUGACAAGAGCCCUUCUCUGAUGGUUCUUUGGUCAUCCCGUAGAUUUGCUGAGCACCCACUAUAUGCACAGCCAGAGAGGAGCCCAGUCUUAACUUCACCUCUGUCCCAUUUAGCAUCUUUAUCCUCCUGGGUUCUUCCUUCUAUACCUUCACUUCUCACCAUCUUGGUUGAUCCCUUCCUCUCCACCCUCCAGUGGGCCCAAGUUUUCCCAUCUGACACCUUCAAAGGUACAAACAGAACCACUCUGCUCUCUUCCCCGGGCAGCUCCAGCUGGGAGCUAUGGGAACAGCUGCAGAGUGGGAGGCACUGUGCCCAUUUACCUGACCUCCUGGUACUCAGGUAGCCCUCUGCAGAGGGUUACUGAGGCUCUGGGAUGGGAAGGCAUUGGACCAAAGUGAAAGUGUCAUAUGGUAUGCCAGCAGACAGUCACCCCCCACUGUGGGGAGCCCUGUGAGAGCCACUGAAUGGUGGAGUUGCAGGUGGCACUGUCCAGCUCAGUGCCUAGUCCAGAGCAGGGCAGCAGGGUUUAGUUUUCUGUUUCAGGGUGAGACUAGUAUAAUCUAUACCAACCCUCCUGCAUGUAAACAAUGAAAAGGACUUUCUUGUCUUUUUUCCCCCCAAAUAAGGUACUUUAUUUAUUAUGUUAUAUAUGUUAAUUAUAAAAAGUAAUUUAAGUAAUACUGAAAUACCAAGAAAAAAGUAAAAUUCACCCUAAAUCCCACCAUUCCCAUAACCAUCACUGACACUCAGCUCUUGGGCCUUCCAUCCUUUUUGUCCUUCAUGUGAUACACAGAUCACGUGUAACUUCAGUUACAGUAGCUACCUUGUAUGGGCACUGUGUGUCAGGACUUAUUCCAAGUGCUGGCUUGCAUCAGCUCCUUCUGCCUCAGGGCCUUUGUGUGUGUUGUGUGUUCCCCUAGCUAUGCCAGAUGCAGUUCCCUCCUCAUAAUUUUAGGUUUUGUCUUAAAUAUCAGUGCCUGUUUUCUUCAUCAGACUGGAAGCUCUCAGAGGGCAGGAACUGUCUCUCUGCCUGCCACAGAAAUGUUCAAUAAAUAUUGUCAAAUGAG